AUGAUUCUAUGCACAACAUCAUUCAAUGCAUUUCCAACUAAAUAUAACAUUAAGUCUAAUAGAAGUGUUAAGAGCAGAAAAUGUUAUUUAAUUUAGUGUCUUCAGUUCGCAAAUUCAUUCUCAGGUAACUAAAGAAAAUCAAACCAAGUUAUCCAUUAAAUUUAUACCUCUCUGCUAUAUCUAA